GUCAGUUUGAAAAAUGGCGGCCGAAGGAAAUUCUGAACUGGACGGAAUAGAAAGGAUCUUUCAAGAUAUCAGAAAUCACAGCCAAAAUGUAGACAAAAAUCUUGAGAUCUUAAACAUCGGAGAUGUUAAUCAUGAACUGCAGCUACAAAAGCACAAGAAUCAUCUGGCAAGUCUGAAAACUAUUUUGAUAAGGUUACAAACUCAAUCUCGUUUUUUGGAAAUGGCGAGAGAAAAUUGGUCUUCAGCUAGUGAUCUUGAAAUGACUGAGCACCAAUCAAAUGUUAGGAGUGAAAACAAGCAAGAUAAAGUAAUGAUUGAGGAGCUGGAGACACAGAUUGAUGACAUGGCUGAAACUCUCUCUACAAAACAUAAAAUUUUGAAAGAGAAGCUUGACCUUUUGGAAAACAGACUUGUCAGCACAAAGGACAAGAGAAAGAACUUUGAAAUGCUGAAAGAGAAGUUAGAGGAAAUGGGCAACAAAGUGCAGGAAAAGGAAAAUAGCCAUGGCUCGUUGGAAGAUGUGAAAGCGAAACAGGCAGAGGCAGAAUUAGCCAUCCAACAGUGUACAGCAGCAAUUUCUGGACUUGAACACUGCAAAGGAUUGUUAAAGGGUGAGGUGAGUCGUCUGGAGGAGUUUGUCAAGGAACGGGAGGAAGAACUAAAGAGGCAAACAGAGAUGACGAAAGAUCACGACGAACAAGAGCGGAAAAGGCGACAAUGGUUGACAGAUGUGGUUGAACUACACAGUCGCCUUGGAGGUGUCUCUGUGCAAAGCCUACAUGGAGACUGCGUGGUCUUGGAAAUACGGAGUGACGAACAUAUUGAAGAUCAGGGGGGUGAGGUUAUUGGUCGAACUGCCUCCCCCUUGAUUUUGACCAUUAAGUAUCGUCUGGACGGAGGGACACGUCCUGUGUUCGGAGGAGCAACGGUCAACCUGGACUCACUCAGUAUAGAUGAUCUUGUUGAUGAAGCCGUUCUUAGUAAUGACGUUGCCGGAUUUGUUUUUCAAGUGAAACGACGCUUCAAGAAUCAACAAGGUCUGAUCCGAGAAGUGGAGGAACUCCAAACGAAUUAUGCGAUUGACUGGGAACCAAGCCACCGCCGUAUCCGAGUGAUGCUGGGGAAGAGCGGUAAAAUUGUGUGCAUCCUGAAAGUUGAUCCUUUAUACUCCAGUGGGCAGGGUCAUGUGCACCUGCUCGGCGUGGAGGGGGGCUCCUAUCACAAGGAGAUACAACAUUUACAGAGUACUGGAUGUGGUCGGAAUCUUACUCAGAUGAUCAAAGACCUUCAAGAGCUUUUUAUCAACCAGUGAGAUACACCCUUGGAGCUGAUUUCUACAUGUUUCCAAAAUGAUUUUUUUUGCCAGACGAAAGUACCCAAGAAAGAACUGAAAUUAUGCUACCAACAAGAAAACUUAAAGCUGUAUAAAACGUGUUUUUUAAUACCUGUACCCGUGUUUUUUAAGAAACUUAAUCUUAAUUUCUAUAUUUACAGAAUUUGUCAGAUAUAUUUGGGUGACAAUAUUAUAUACAAGAUGUAUUUUUUUAACCAAGGUACUUGUAAUAUUAAUGGUAUUU